UCUUGCGAAAACCUCGACUAUUAUGGGGGCAUGACGAAGGUCCGAGGAUGAUUUUCGAAGCGUAUAUAUAGAGCAUCAUGGCCUUUGUCAAAGAAGGCUCAUCAUCAGCUUCCACAGCUUCCUAGACUUCAUCUACUCACGCGCAUCCACUCCCUCCUCAACAAGAACCACCUCCCUCUUCUGAACGACCUCGCCAUCCACAGACAUGCCUUCGUUCACCGUAUUCAGGGGCUCCAAGGAGGGUCCCAAGCAGGACCAGACCUCCAAGCCCGACCAGCUCACCGGCACCCAAGUCUUCGUCAAGGUCACCGCCUCCGGUCUCUGCGGCACGGACCUGCACUACCUAGCUGCCGAUGUGGUCCUCGGCCAUGAGGGUGUUGGUGUCGUCCAGGACGUCGGCCCUGACGUCCAGAACCUCAAGAAGGGCGACCGCGUCGGCUGGGGCUACGUCCACGGUGCCUGCGGCGCCUGCGAGCAGUGCAUCAAGGGCGAGGACGUCUUCUGCGCCCAGAGGCGUCUGUACGGCUUCGACGACACGGAGCAGGGCAGCUUCGCGCACGGCGCCGUCUGGCCCGAGAGCCACCUGCACCCCAUCCCCGACUCCAUGACCGACGAGGUCGCCGCGCCGCUGCAGUGCGCCGGCGCCACCGUCUUCACACCCCUCCACGACGUCCGCGCCGACGAGACCGUGGGCGUCAUUGGCGUCGGCGGCCUCGGCCACCUGGCCAUCCAGUUCGCGGCCAAGAUGGGUUGCCGCGUCGUCGUCCUGUCGGGCUCGGAGAGCAAGAAGGACGACGCCCACCGCCUGGGCGCCACCGAGUUCAUCGCCAUGAACAAGCGUGAUGAGAACACCAAGCCCACGCCCAUUGACCGCCUGCUCGUCACCACCUCGGCGCUCCCCGACUGGGACGUCAUCAUGCCCUGGAUGGCGCCCAAGGGCACCAUCUACCCCUUGACCGUGUCGCAGGACGCGCUCAAGAUCCCCGCCAUGCCUCUGCUGCUCAGUGGCGUCGCCGUCCAGGGCUCGCUUGUGGCCACGCGCACCGUGCACAGGGAGAUGCUGCGCUUCGCCGGUCUGCACGGCAUUGCGCCCUGGACCGAGACGUUCCCCAUGACGGUCGAGGGAAUCCAGAAGGCGACGGAUGCGCUGAACAAUGGCAAGGUCCGCUUCAGGGCUGUGCUUCUGCCCCAGUAAGGGCAUGCUUUUAUUGCAUAGUUAGCGAGCGUGGUAUAGACUGGGGCUGUUCAGCCAAAUAGAGAUAGACAUAGACAUAGAAUAGACAAAGAGAUAUAGACGUUUACAUUGGUAAUAUCCAGGCAAUGGAGUGAUAGUACUUCACCUGCGCGACGAACAUACAUCAUAGUG